ACUCAGCUGCGCGCGAAGCAGUGGUUCAAAAAACGCAAAUUUCUUUUAAAGAGAGAUUUUAAGAAUACACUAUAGGAAAGUAAAUAUGCCAAUACUGUUUAUUGGGCCAACGUUUCAAGUAACACAAUGACCUUUAUCAUUUCUAAACGACAGCAAUAAAAUUUUCGUUUUUCAUUGUUGGUCGUUUUUAAUGUAAGCGACCAGGUCGUAAAGGAAAUAUUAGGAGGACCUCCUGAAACAUCAUCAUUUAGGUUGGCGCGUCGCUGCGGAGUUGUGGCAGACACCAUGUCGGAGGGAGAGACGCUCACAGCGGAGGCAAUUUUCUCUCAGCUGCAACAGGAGCACGAUUUUUACGACACAGGUUCAUCUGGGGGCGAUGAUAUUUUUGAAGAAGACUCCUACUCUCCUUCCUCUCUCUCCUCUUCCUCCUUGUCCUCUGUCCCUCCAGUUAGCUCCCAGCAGGGGAAGAUCCUGUGCACCUCCUGUGGCCAGGAAAUUGUGGACAGAUACCUUCUCAAGGUGAACAACUGGUGCUGGCAUGUGCGCUGUCUAGCAUGCAGUGUAUGUAAAACAUCACUGGGGCGACAUGUGAGCUGUUUUGUGAAAGAUAAACAGGUUUUCUGCAAACUUGACUACUUCAGGAGGUAUGGCACUCGCUGUGCACGUUGUGGCCGAAACAUCAAUUCUACUGACUGGGUGCGCCGUGCACGAGGAAGCACCUUCCACUUGGCAUGCUUCUCCUGCUCCUCUUGUAAACGGCAGCUCUCUACUGGAGAGGAAUGUGGAUUGCUUGAGAACAGGGUCUUCUGUCGAGCUCACUAUGACAUAAUGAUGGAGAAUCUCAAACGUGCCAAGGAGAAUGAGCAACCAAAAUUGGACGAUGACCCAGCCAACCAAGAUGAUCCAAGUGUUAUUUCCCGACCUGCUAAGAGGGCCAGGACCAGCUUCACCGCUGACCAGUUACAGGUGAUGCAAACCCAGUUUGCUAAAGAUAAUAACCCAGAUGCCCAGACUCUGCAGAAGCUGGCAGAGAGGACUGGUCUCAGCCGCAGAGUAAUUCAGGUUUGGUUUCAGAACUGCCGAGCUCGUCAAAAGAAACACAUCAGCCCAAUUCAAGCCUCUUCAACCUUGAUGACAUCACUUGGUCCUGGUCAGUUUACUCCAUCUUUGAUGGAGGAUCUACAAUAUACAACGUAUCUUUCUCCUGACACGCCCCUUCUCACUACUCUGACUUAUAUGGAUGUCCAAACUCCUGACCAACUUUUGCUUCAGCCGAUCAUUUCAAAUUCACUGACGCAGCUCCCAAUCAACCACGCCUGAAUUCCAGCACAUCUCCUGAGAAAUGAUUCUAAAAAGCUGAACAGAUACUCAAGUGGAAAUAAUUAUUUAUUUAGAGAAGAAUUUUCAGGCAUGUAAGGGAUGAAUGGGUAACUACCCUGUAAGAUAAGAGCACUGAACUGCCCAUAUUACUUGAGGUGUUGGCAGAAAAAAAUAAUUAACUGGUUAACUCAAUGGAUUAAUUUAAUUUAUACAUGGAUUCACAUGAGAAGUCACUAAAAUAUUAAUGUUUUCAAGAUGAAAUAUUUGUAUGUAUGUAAUGAAUUUAGGUGUAUUUAAUUUAUUUGUUGGAUUAAAUGAUAUAAGGCACUUUGUUAAUGAUUAUAAAAUAACUUUAGUUUAUAUAGUAUUUGCUUUUUGUUAAGCAUGCAAAGAGAAUGUUGCCAUUUUUUUUCUUCUUUUCCCUAUUGAAACUGUUUCAGCAGUUACUGGACCAGGUCAUACUACAAAUUAAAACCACCAGAGAAUGUACAUGACUAGAAA